AUGUAUGCUCGAAAGUUUCUACUCAAAAGGUUUCUUCGUCAAGAAUUCGACCUGUUUAUAAAGCCGUGUUCCACGAGGCCACGGAGUGCAUUUAUACCAAGGUCUGAGCAAUUACGUCCUUACUCGUUAUCGUCUACGGUGUCAGCAAGAUCGAACAACAAUUCGUUUACACCACGUGAUAUUGGUCAAAACUCGAAAAAUGGUGGAAACAAUGAUGAUGGUUCGGGGAAAAUAACAUUUCUCUGUCCGAAAUGUGGUGAUGUUUGCACACAUAUUCAAAGUCUUGUUUCAUCAACAAGAUUUGUCAAAUGUGAGAAAUGUAGUCAUCUUUUUGUCGUUCUAUCAGAAAACGAAGGAAAUAAGAAAACAAAAGAAGAUAAAAUUAAAAAGCGGCAACCACCACCAACACCGAAAAAGAUUUUUGAAUUCCUCAAUAAGUAUAUCGUUGGUCAAGAACAUGCCAAGAAAGUUAUGUCCGUAGCUGUGUAUAACCAUUACAAACGUUUAUAUAAAAAUCUUCCAGAAACAAGCACGACAAAAUCUCAGCAAACGUCAACCGAUUCAUUCAACGGCCUUCUUUCAACUCCGCAGCAACAACAACGUUUUGUUCUCAAUGUUGGAAUUCCAUUUUAUACACUACCAUUAGACAGUACAAAUCCAAAUUCUCCAAUCAAUAACAAUCCAAACAGUAAUGAUGAGUUAAGACAUGGAAGUUCGGUUUUGAAUAAUGAAAAAUUUGAUCUUAAACUCGAAAAGAGCAAUAUUCUUAUGCUCGGUCCAACUGGAUCGGGUAAAACACUUUUAGCACAGACCAUCGCGAAAUGUUUGGAUGUGCCAUUUGCCAUUUGCGAUUGUACAACAUUAACACAAGCAGGUUAUGUCGGAGAAGACGUUGAAUCAGUGAUUGCUAAGCUAUUACAAGAUGCUAAUUAUAACGUCGAACGGUGUCAGCAAGGUAUUGUGUUUUUGGAUGAAGUCGACAAAAUCGGUAGUGUACCGGGUAUUCAUCAACUUCGUGAUGUCGGUGGUGAAGGUGUACAACAAGCUUUGCUAAAGAUGCUUGAAGGGACCAUAGUUAACGUUCCUGAAAAGAAUUCGAAGAAGAUGCGUAGCGAGACAAUACAAGUUGACACAACGAAUAUCUUGUUUGUAGCGUCAGGGGCAUAUACAGGCUUGGAUAAGAUCAUUAGUCGACGCAAAAAGGAGAAAUAUAUUGGCUUUGGUUCAACCUCGAAUGAAUCGCCUUCACGUCGUCGUGCCUCUCAAAUGGAUCUAUACGAGCAAAAUGACGACAAAGAUGCAAAGAUAGAAGAGGAGAAUUUAGAACGCGAUCGAUAUCUCCAAGAAUGUGAAGCUCGCGAUUUGAUCGAAUUCGGAAUGAUUCCUGAAUUUAUUGGAAGGAUGCCUGUGAUUGUAUCAUUUCAUAGUUUAAAUGAAGACAUGUUAGUCCGAAUAUUAACUGAACCUCGAAAUGCUUAUGUGCCACAAUAUCAAACUCUGUUUCAAAUGGACAAGGUGCAAUUGGAUUUCACAGAUGGUGCUCUGCGUGCGAUAGCUAAGAAAGCUUUGCAACGAAAAACAGGCGCUCGUGGUCUUCGCUCGAUACUGGAACGUAUUCUACUCGAGCCGAUGUUCGAUAUUCCUGAAUCUGAUGUUGUCGGUGUUCGUGUUGAUGAAGAAGCCGUCAAAACGAAUAAAUGUCCGGAAUAUAUUCGUUCGCGUCCUACAAGCACGACUGAAGAUCUUGAAGGGGACCCAUCAACAUCGACUGAUAUCAAAACUACGGAAGAUAACAACAGCAAAAUUUCCAUACCGACCGGUUAA